UUCCACCCUUACCUAUUCCGACGGCCACCUAUUACACACCAAUUCACCCAAGCUGUCGACAAUCAUCAAGCCAUACAUCGUCGAGGCCGUAUUUUGUCUUUUAGAGCCCUACUCACUUCUCCUAGAUCAAUUGACUCCCCCCAUUUAUUCUUAUUCUUCCACGUAGCCUCCUCGCAGUUACUGUCGACCAUAUCCGUGGUCCUUCCAGCACGCGACACUAUCACACCUCGCAUGUUGUCGAUUUAAUUUGAUUUCUAACCAGUUUUUAUUGUGUAUCUCACUUGAUAUCUAGUGCUAACCGAUUCAAAAUGGGUUCUUUCGAACGUACCUCGUCGCCAGUUCUUACCAUGUCCCCAAGUGCCGCUCACCACGGUGCGUUCGGCAUGUCCCCCUUCUCGCAUCAACCUUCUCCUUUCAGCCGGUCCAUGGCUUUCGGUGCUCCUUCGUCGUGGUCUCAAUCCUCCAUCAAUCGCUCUUCCACCGCCGGCCGCAAGCGAUCCAGAGACGAGGCAGGCGUUAACCUCGACGUCGAAGAGGCUAAGCUCGAAACCGUCGAGCCUGUCAAGGAGCCCGAAGAUGAAUGGGUAUAUGGCGAGGGAAUGGUGCUCAUAAAAUCACCCUCGUCAUACAUAGCCGACGCAGGAAGCCAGUCUGGUACCUGGGUUGAAGAGAAAGCAGCCACGGAUGCUAUCCGCAGGAAUGAAGAAGCUCGUGCCAUCAACCAACAAUGGCGACCCUCUCUAAGAAGUAACAAAUCCCAACGGUUAGACAUGAAUUCCAUCUCGGUCCCCAAGAGCGAGCCUCAAAUCAAUCGUUCCAGUCCAGUCCGCGACGUUGACCCUACUACGUCUACCUCCGGUAUAUCAGCAGACGCGAGCAGUCAACCAAUUAUCGACAAUUUCACCCUUCAUCUCGGGAUCGGAUGGAGCCGUAUCAGCACCGACGAGCAUAUCCAAGCCGCAGCUCGUGGAUGGGCGAAAUACAUCGAAAACCACUUCCCCGUUACCAACGUCCAAAUUCAGCUAGAAAGCAAGGGUCUCCAAUCCUACCUUGUCGAGGCUGCUGAGGGUUUCUUCCUAUUCGGCGAAAAUUUACGUCAAGGCCAACUCGUCAGCAAGGACCUUAACCAAACAUUCGCCAAUCUCAAGACGUCCCCUCCCACAUUCGAAGGGCCCGAGGUUAUGUCUGCUGCCGAAUCACCCAGGCCAAUCAGGGCUUCAUCACCUCAAGAAUCUGCCGUCGCCCCAUUGGAUAUCGACAUGGACAUGAGCUAAAUUACUGAAAGGAGAAGGUCACUGAUUGCUUUUGAUGUAGGACAUGCCGGCGUAGCUUGGUGAGAGGUAACUUGGAAAUUGGCUGGUUCUGGCCGGGGUUCAUUUGAAUUAAUCUUUUUUAUCAACGGUUUUAACGGUUUUCAACCACAUACACGACUUCGAGCCGGUGGAUAUUGGGCCAAAAAGUUUCGCGGGACCUGGAGUUCUAUUCCUUUCGACGGCGCUUGUAUGCU